AUGGCAACGGAAGGAAUCCAGGAGUUAUUCCUGGUCGGUGCCAUUUUCACUUUGCCCAUCUGCCUCUAUUUCCAUUUCAAAUUCAUCAAAAUCGCCGUUAUCCGAGAGUACUUCACGACGUUCUCACGUGCUCUACUCGGUCUGAUUUCCGGCGGCUACGUGAUUACGGUAGCCGGGAAUUUGGCCAUGAUAGUGGCUCAGCUGAGACAAUCGGAAUUUAUGAGACUCAAGUUGGAGGCUACGAAUGUUCACGUCGAGUUUAUCAUAAACUUUUUGAAGCUUUUCUUCUUUAUUGACGCCUACUUUGGUGACUACAAACGAAUCUUCAAAAACCACCCGAAAUUCGGAUUCCUUAUUGUCUUUUUAUCGAUUUUCCUCGGCUACAUGAGCCUUCUGAUUCCUGAGUUCACGUAUCGAGGAUUCGAUGAAAACCACCCAUCCGCUUAUGUCUUGUUUGGGAUAACCAGUUUGAAUUUGGUGUUGAAUGUCAUCGUCUUCUGCUCCAAGAAAAGGGCAAUCAUCACAACUCAUGGGAAGGUGGAUUUGCAGACGAGGUUCUUGAUCUUCGAAGCCAAGGAGACCCUCUCCGUUGUCCUGUUCGUCACCACAUUCCGAUUCCUGAUCAGUCUCUCUUGGAUCACUUUCCACCAACUCCCCAUCCAAUUCCCCCCACAAACCAUUCUCAACGCCCAUCUCAUCUUUGGAUUCCUCCGUGGCCUCGAAUCAAUCAGUUUCCCAACUGCUUUCCUCUUCUACCACGAACGAAUUCAGCGUCAUGUCGAGAGAAAACGACGGGGAGCUGCUAAAAAUGAGGAGCCCAGAAGCACGAAAGGAGAGAUAUUGGCUCAAGAAUGGCUGGCUGAGGAGUACUACAAGUAUUUGGCGAAUCUAUUCAAGGGACCAGGACCAGUCAAGGAGAAGAAGGAAAAGAAGCAGAAGGCGGUGACUAUCAGUGAGCAACGACUUCUGGAGUCACAUGAGAUAUUGGAGUAG